AUGGGAGGCUCCGCCUUUGCGUCGGGCGAGCAUCCUCUCGAUACUCCGCGUAUGCCGCCCGAGGUCUACCAGCACGUGAAGGCCAAGUGUACUACAGCUUUGCGGGAAAUUUACAUCUGCGUUGCAAGUCCCAUAGAGGGACCCGAGAAGGAAAACUUCGGUGACAUCGACAUCCUCGUCACCUGGGAGAAAGCCGCCUUUCAGGGUAGAUCCGGCCCGAAAACAACACCAGCAGCAGCAGACGGGAGAAGCAAGAUCCAACAGCAUGAUCUUGACGGCGAGGCAGACGAUGGAAUUGACGAGGAAGAGGAACAAGAGCGGUCACCGGGUCAUUCGCUGAUGUCCUGUGACGAGGCACGCCAAGCCAUCCGAGCUGCCUUGGGAGCUGAGUACACCAUCUUUACCAAGGCCAGCGAUCAUUACGCCAUCCCAUGGCCAUCCUCCGCUGACAAUGUCGACACCACCGGCAUUCCCAAGAGAUACGUUCAGGUUGACAUCACAAUCUGUGACUCUUUGCAGCAAAUGCAAUGGAUUCUGUUCAAGCACGCACACGGCGAUCUGUGGAGCAUCCUCGGGACUAUCAUCAAACCGUACACGCUCACUGCCGAUGGGCAUGCCCUUUUCUUGCGGAACCCAGACAUUGAAAAGUUCGAAAAGUACAAGAGCUUAGCAAAGAUUCGUCUGACAAGAGACCCGGCUGAGGUUCUUUUGUUCCUUGGUCUUGACGUCGCUAGAUAUUCGGAACCCUUUGCAUCCCGUCAGGAGAUGUACGAAUACGCUGCCAGCUGCCGUUUUUUCCGCGCCCAACUUGACGCAGAUGACGAAGAGCUGAGGCGAGCAGACUCAGUCGGCUCGCCCGUGUCGACAGAGCCAGCCACACCGUCAACUGCACCAGGCUCCGCAGGGUCGCCAACGUCAACAGAUCCCGCGACGUCAGCGACGUCAGCGACGUCAGCGACAUCAACAGGACCAGAACCUCUCACAAUGUCGGAGCUGAAACUGAGUGACGGUAGAGAGGAGCCAGCCAGAAAGAAGCUCAAGUCUAAGGAUAGGAAGCGUCUGAAGUGCAGGCCGGCAUUCCGCCAGUGGCAUGAAGAAUUUGUUCCUCGUUACCAAGCAGAAGGCUACCUCCCCAGAGAAAAGCUGACUUGGUUGAAGGUGACAGACGAAGCUUUCGACCGUUUCUGUGUCGGGCCAUGGUACAAGCGUGUCCACCUCGAUGUCGUCCGUGGUCGAAGCGAGGACAGAGUCUUGGCAGCCGUCCUCAAGACAAUUGACGACGUCGUUCCCGCCGACCUGGCCGAUACCAAGAGAUGCCAGUUCCGUGGCAGCUUGAAGAAAGCUCUCAAGAGGAUCAUCUUCCAAGACGACAAAAGCUAUGGAGUAGUACCCGACAAGGAGCUCAGGGAUGGUCUGGGUCUGAUGAUUAAGGGCGAGGUCGAAAAGUUUGUGAGCAAGAAGUGGGAGGAGGUCGGGAACGCAGCCAUGGAGAAGCAUCAAAAGAGAUAUGAAGAGCAUUGCCGUGAGAAGGGGAAUCCAUAA